CGCUCCCUGCCCACUCCCGGGGGGAACGUUCCGCGCCGCGGCCCCGCGGCCGCCGCUUCUUUCACACUUUAGUUGGGAGCUGCGCGCCGCGCUCAGUUACUGGAGAGCUGGCCCCGUGCCGUCGCCUCCCGCACGCACGCACGCGGGCUGGGCUCCGGGGUUCUCGGCGUCUACUCCGAGCGGCGGGGAGGAGGGGGACACCCGGGCUCACUGUGGGGAGGCGAAGGAAGAGGAGAGGAGGGAGGAAGAGAAAAGGCGAGGAGGAAAGGGGCGGGGGGCGGGAGGCUUGCCACCUUCGGCCCCCCCCUGCGAGCGCCCAAGGUGCGCACAUCUUGACCAACUCAGCAGGAAGGUGGAUUUUCUUUGCGUUUAAAGAAAAAAAAAAUGUCCCUGUGUCUGUAGAGAUGAUUUGCAGUUCAGCCCGGCUGAAGCUGACCGAAUGAGACUAUGGGCUGUGCCUCUGCUAAGCAUGUUGCCACUGUUCAAAAUGAAGAGGAAGCCCAGAAAGGGAAGAACUACCAGAAUGGAGAUGUGUUCGGCGAUGAGUAUAGGAUCAAACCAGUGGAAGAGGUCAAGUACAUGAAAAAUGGGGCAGAAGAGGAGCAGAAAAUAGCAGCCAGGAACCAAGAAAACUUGGAAAAAAGUGCCAGUUCAAACGUAAGACUUAAAACUAAUAAAGAGAUUCCAGGAUUAGUCCAUCAACCCAGAGCAAACAUGCACAUCUCUGAAAGCCAACAAGAAUUCUUCAGAAUGCUGGAUGAAAAAAUUGAAAAGGGUCGAGAUUACUGUUCCGAAGAAGAGGAUAUCACAUAGCGCCCAUUCUACCACUGAAACCAGGAGCCACUACUGUGUAAAUAGGUUACACCCCAGUUGAAAUCUUUGCAAAGGUCGGUUCUCUCCAGCGAACAGCACUCUAGCAAAAAGAAGAUCGUUCCAUAUCGUAUGCCCCAUUAAAUUACAGUGUUUCUUAACGAACUUGCAAAGGAAUAUUGCUAAAAACAAACACACACACAAAAAACUGUUAUCGAACUUUCUUUGUUGCUGCUAGUUAAAACUCGUUGCAACUUCUCACUUCUCUUGUGUCCAGGUAUGCAGCAAAACUCUGCAAUGUCACCUUAAAGACACUGUUGGUUUUACAGAUGCUCUCCAAACUAUUUUCUAUAUAAGAUGAGGUAGUGGUGAACUCAGAUAUCAAACUUCUGUUGUAGAACUAUUCUGCUUCUAAGACAGGCGUCUCCUUCCCUCUCUCCUCCCUCUCUGUCUCUCCCGAGCUGUCCAGAGCCUUGCUUCUCACUGGCACUGUUGCGCUUUGGAGAUGGGAUGGUUGCUAUGGCAAGCCUUGUUUCUCUGCUGAGAAGAAGUGAAGAAGCCAUUAUCCAUUAAAAGCACGUGGGGACGUGACUCCCAGAGUGACGGAGUGACGUAGGAGUGGGCAGCAGGUGGUUUCGUUGACUAGGUAUCUUCAUCAAGGAUAAGCUUGCAACAUUGGCUUUGCUCAGAUGCCGAUGGAAGUGUGAUCACGAUCAUUCUGAAUCCCUCUUCCCCCCCCUUUUUUUUUCUAAGAAAAUAAACAUUUUACUGUUUUUAUGUAUCCUUGUCUUCUCCCAUUCAUCCAGUUCAGUGUCUUACAGUGAUCUUGGGUGCGGAAGAUGAGCCCUCCUUUGCAGGGACACCGAUAAUUGAGCUUCCUGGCUCCCUACCCUCCCAUCGAUCAUCCGCCACCAUUGGCAGGGCUGCCAGUGGUCAGGGGAGAUGAGGGGACAUCCCCCUCGACGUUUUAGGAAGGCCCGAAACCACCCUGUGUCCUUUCCUUUUGUUAGCAGAUAAGCCAUCCUACGUCCUCACUCGCUCCCUUCCGAAUGUUCCGUGAGUCUUGCCACUUCUUCUCUCGCUCGUGGCACUGGCCAGGACAGUGCCAAGCGUUCGCCUACUGGAAACCUAGUACAUUGACCCUGGUGAUGCUAUUUGCAGAUGCGGAAGCCAAAGCCCUGGGGCAGUGUUGGGGAAUGUGAACUGUGGGUUUGGUAGAGUUUAUUUUUCCAUAUUAUAUGAAGAGAAUGAUCUCUUCUCAAAGACAGAAGUAAUAUUUUUAACAAAUGUUGUCACAAGUAAAUAGCAAUCAAAAGGAGAAAAUAACUUUUGUAUUUUUUUAACACGUUUGGUAGCUUGGACGAGGGUUCUCUUUGUUACUUUCAGGGCAGGGCACCC